GUGGGGUCCGGGCCCGGGGAUCCCGAUUUGUUGACAGUGGCGGCCUAUAAACUUUUGACGUCUGAUCCGGAUGCGCUCGUCGUGGCCGACAGACUCGUCAGCCCAGAAAUUCUGGCUCUCAUUCCUGGCGAAGUCAAGGUCGCACGCAAGUUACCGGGGUGCGCCGAACUUGCGCAAGAAGAAAUAUACUGGUGGUGCUAUCAAGGCUUGAAUCAAGGACGUCACGUGAUCCGACUCAAGAUCGGUGAUCCCUUUGUGUUUGGACGUGGAGGUGAAGAAAUAUUGGCCUUUCGAGAUUUUGGUGUGGAAGCGGCAGUGGUACCGGGUGUAUCGUCAGCUUUUUCCGCUCCGCUUUUGGGAGGCAUUCCGGUGACACACCGCGGAGUCGCGCAGCAGGUCGUCAUGUGCACUGGCUACGGGAGGGAGGGGUCCUCCCCUGAUCUCAUUCAGUAUCACAAGGAGCAAACAGUGGUAUUCCUGAUGGCGGUAGGACGGCUGCGAUCACUAUGUGAUAAACUGAUUGAAUUGGCGGGGUAUCCCCGGGACACACCGGUAGCGAUUGUGGAAAAAGCGGGUUGCCCCGAGCAACGCACCGUUGUCGGAAACAUGAUGACGAUUGCUGAUAUCGCCGAAGAGCACAAAAUCAAACCACCGAGUGUCAUUGUGGUGGGAGAGGUUGUGAACGCUCGUGACAACGUACCUCCCAGAGCCUUGCAUGCAUUGGACAAAGGGCUUCCCGCCUUGAAAUCCUUUUUCUUGCCAUUAUAG